ACCGCCAUGGCUCUCCUUCGCACCGUGCUCGCUUUGGCGCUCCUCGCCCAGUCCCUCGCCAUCUCCCCCGGCUUCAACUAUGGGGGUACCAAAGUGCGCGGUGUGAACCUUGGCGGCUGGCUCGUGCUCGAGCCAUGGAUCACGCCUUCGCUCUUUGACGCGACCGGUAACGACGCGAUCGUCGACGAGUACACCUUCUGCGCCUACCAGAGCCGCGACGUCGCCGCGUCUGCGCUCUAUAAUCACUGGAACACGUUCAUCACCGAGGACGAUUUCGCGCAAAUAGCUGCGGCGGGCCUCAAUCAUGUUCGCUUGCCAAUCGGUUAUUGGGCAUUCGACGUCCGCGACGAACCCUACAUCCAGGGCCAAGUCGAGCACCUCAAUAACGCGGUGACGUGGGCAUCCAAUCAUGGCCUCAAAGUUAUCGUUGACCUACACGGCGUACCAGGGAGCCAGAACGGCUUCGAUAACUCCGGACAGCGAAUGGACUACCCGACAUGGCAUACCCAGCAGUCGAAUAUCGAUCGAUCCAACGCUAUCAUUAAGACGCUGGAGAACAUGUUCAAGGACCGCACAGACACUGUCACUGUCAUCGCGCCGUUGAACGAACCCGCUGGCUUCCACGGUAGCGAUGUCCUCGCGGCCACGCGGCAGUUCUGGUUGGACAGCUACGGCAACAUUCGCUAUCCCUUCGGGAGCUCCCGCAAGAGCAACACCGUCGAGCUCAUCCACGAUGCUUUCCAGGACCUAAGCUACUGGAAUGGCUUCAUGACAUCUGGCUUCGAAGGUGUCGCGAUUGAUACCCAUAUCUACACCAUCUUCUCCAACGCCGAGGCUGCCAUGAGCUUCAACCAACACGUGUCCACCGUCUGCAACAAGCAAGGCGCGCUGUCGUCCUUCGACCUUUGGACCAUUGUCGGCGAGUGGACGCCCGCAUACACCGAUUGCGCGCGGUAUCUCAACGGCCGUGGCAUUGGCGCGCGCUACGAUGGGAGCUACCCUGGCAGUUCGCGCAUCGGCAGCUGCAGCUCGAAGACUGGCACCGGCGAUACGUUCAGCAAUGAAUACAAGAGCCGCUUGCGGUCGUUCUGGGAGGCCCAGGUCAUCUCGUACGAGAAGGGCGCGGGGUGGAUUAUGUGGACGUGGAAGGCGGAGGAGGCACACGAGUGGUCGUACCAGGCGGGCCUUGACUUCGGUUGGAUCCCCUGGAACCCCACCGACAUCCAAAACCGCCGUAUCUGCGGUUGAGCGACUAUCUGUCUGGGCGGCACACCUGGGAUAGGCUCAUGAUAGGAAGGAAGGACUUCAUUCACUACCCAUACCCUCAUUGCACACACGCGAUGCCCUGCAACGACACCCACGACGACUCUCUCGAAUUGUAUCAUUCAUUGUUCUCCGAUUAGCAGCUGUUUGUUUGGACCCUUCGUGUUAGCGACAUAAUUGACUCUGUUGUGACUCUGGACCAUUAUUUGUGUGCGCCUUGGCGGGCUGCUUGCAUACCUAUCUUAUUCACUCCCUGUCGCUGUUUGCCCUAUACCAUUGUUCUGCUUCUAUACCAUACGUUUUGUAGGUAUCGCGUUGAAUGGGCUUCUCUUGUGGUUUUCUGUC